CCCUUUUGAGAAUUUUCUUCUGACUUCAUCUCUUCCUGUGUGGCCCCUGGGCUGAACAGGGACUUGGUAGUUCUUGGGACAUUCUAAGACAUCCCUCUCUGCAAAGGGUCCCCCAGAAAGAGAACAGCUAAGGUACCAUCAGCCUGCAGUUUCCUCCACAUAUGAGCAAAGCCUGUGCAUAAGACUGACAGGUGCUUAGGUCAGAAGCCAGCCAAAGGGGUUCAAAUCCAGGCCAUAGAUUUUGGCCAAUAACAGGAGCUCCUUUAAAAAACAACAACAACAACAAAAACAAUAUAUAUUCUGGGACAGACAUAUCACUAGGGGUUUCCUCCGUAUUUUUAAAUCGAAUCUCCCUCCUUCCCCCAUGUUUAACCCUUAUUUCACAAAAGAGGAGUCUGAGGCUCCCAGUUCGGAGGCAACCAGAGUAAAGACUGCAAGUCAUAAGGAGCCUGGGACUUGAACCCACCUAGGCCCCAGAUUCUGUGGUUGCCUAGGAGCUGAAGAGGGAGGAGCUGCCAGAUCAGAGGGAGGGGAAAGAGAGAAGGCGAGCUCCCAGCAGCGCUCGCUGACGACAGCAGGUGAUUUUUUUUCCUGCAGCGCUCUUUCUCUCAGCAUCUUUCCUGGAUUUUUCCCCCCUCUGCUGAACGGCAGAAAAGGGUGGGGCCGCUUCCCUGCAGCAGAGACGGCAGCGGCGGCGACGGCGGCGGCUGCAGCAUCCUUGGGAGAGGCGGCAGCGGCAGCAAUGCUCGGUCUCCUCGAGUGGUGAUCGCCUCCGAGCCCUGCUAGGUGGCUAGCUGAGACUGGACGCCGGCGGGGAGAAGAGAGAGCUUUGUCCGCGACCCUGAAACCGCACUGCCCGGCCCUUCCUCUGCGCCAUGGCUUAAGCCUGCAGCCACCUCGCUUCGCGUCGCCUCGCUUUGCCGGGGUCUGCGCGCCGCCGCAGCCGCAGGGAGGGGCGCGUCCCAGACGCCCUCGCCCGGCGACCCGGGUCGCCGUGUCUCCCGCUGCGGUGCCCGCAGCAGAACGCGCUCCCGAGACCUGUGCGGCGGCUCCAGGAGGCGUUUAUAGCAAGGUAUCGAAGGACUUUACCGACUUUUAUCUCAGUGAUAGCUCUGCCAGCCCGACAUUCCCGGGUGCUCUCUGAGACAGGAGGGAGCAGUAGCUCAGGCCACCAAGGAAAACAAGGUGGGAACCAGACUGGCCUGUCGAGGGGACUGAGGAAGAUUAGGGACUUGCUUUAGAAUCCAGCAAGAAGGAGGGCGAGCUCUGCAGCGAGCACCAUGGCGUGGCCGUGCAUCACGCGCGCCUGCUGCAUCGCCCGCUUCUGGAACCAGCUGGACAAGGCGGAUAUCGCCGUGCCGCUGGUUUUCACCAAGUACUCGGAGGCCACCGAGCACCCGGGUGCCCCGCCGUCGCACCAGCAGCCGGCGCCCGCGCCCCCCUCGGCGCGCACGGUCGCCAUAGAAACACAGCCGGCCCAGGGCGACGGGGAUGCGGUUGCCCGGGCAACAGGGCCGGCGCCGGGGCCUAGCGGAGAACGAGAGGCUGGGGCCUCCUCUGGCCGGAGCGGACCCGGCCCAACCUCUGGCUCCGGCUCCACCUCCAGCGUGGGUCCCGCGGACUCGGUGAUGCGGCAGGACUACCGCGCCUGGAAGGUGCAGCGGCCCGAGCCGAGCUGCCGGCCGCGCAGCGAAUACCAGCCUUCGGACGCGCCCUUUGAGCGCGAGACCCAAUACCAGAAGGACUUCCGCGCCUGGCCGCUGCCGCGCCGCGGGGACCACCCGUGGAUCCCCAAGCCCGUGCAGAUCGCCACUUCUUCCCUGGCGGCAGCGCCUGCGCUCCGUGCCCCUCAGCGCCGACCGCAGAGCCAGGAGCGCUGGCCUGUGCCAGCAGCCGAAGCCUCAGAGCAGGAGGCAGCCCCUGGCGGAGCAGGUGUCCUUGCGGCUGGAAAAGCGUCCGGAGCAGAUGAACGCGACACACGCAAGAAACCUGGGCCCGCCUGGAUGGUGCGGCGCGCCGAGGUGUCGCAGAGCCAGGAGCGCUGGCUGGUGCAGGCCGCCGAAGCCCCGGAGCAGGAGGCGGCCCCUACCGGAGCAGGUGUCCUUGCGGCUGGAAAAGCGUCCGGCGCAGAUGAACGUGACACUCGCAAGAAACCCGGGCCCUCCUGGAUGGUGCGGCGCACCGAGGUGCCUCAGAGCCAGGAGCACUGGCUGGGGCUGGCCGCUGAAGCCCCGGAGCAGGAGGCGGCCCCUGGCGGAACAGGUGUCCUUGCGGCUGGAAAAGCGUCCGGUGCAGAUGAGCGCGACAUUCGCAAGAAACCCGGGCCCGCCUGGAUGGUGCGGCGCGCCGAGGUGUCGCAGAGCCAGGAGCGCUGGCUGGUGCAGGCCGCCGAGGCCCCGGAGCAGGAGGCGGCCCCUACCGGAGCAGGUGUUCCUGCGGCUGGAAAAGCGUCCGGUGCCGAUGAGCGUGACACUCGCAAGAAGCCCGGGCCCGCCUGGAUGGUGCGGCGCGCCGAGGCGCUGGGGCAGGAGCAGACGCCGCUGCCUGUGGCCCAGGACCAGGUCCAGGCCACUGGCCCCGAGGCGGGCAGAGGGCGUGCGGCGGCCGACGCGCUCAACAGGCAAAUCCGCGAGGAGGUGGCGAGUACAGUGAGCAGCUCCUACAGGAAUGAAUUCAGAGCAUGGACGGACAUCAAGCCUGUGAAACCCAUAAAAGCCAAGCCCCAGUACAAGCCCCCAGAUGAUAAGAUGGCUCAUGAGACCAGCUACAGUGCCCAGUUCAAAGGGGAGGCCAAUAAGCCAACCCCAGCUGACAAUAAGGUCAUUGAUCGCAGAAGAAUACGCAGCCUCUACAGCGAGCCCUUCAAGGAACCUCCAAAGGUGGAGAAACCUAGUCUCCAGAGUUCCAAAGCAAAAAAGACCUCAGUGAGCCAUAAGCCCCCGAGGAAGGCCAAAGACAAGCAGGGGGCAUCGGGCCGGGCAUCCAAGAAGAAGAGCGCGGAGGGUGCGCGCACCGCCCCGCCCACCGCCGACAAGGAGCAGAGCGCAGAGAUGAACAAUAAGCUGGCUGAGGCUAAAGAGAGCCAGGUCGAACCCACCAGGGAUUCACCUAAGAAUCAAGGUCCUGUAGCCACAGAACCAGACAAGGAUCAAGGUCCAGUGGGCCCGGGGCCUCUGAAAGAUCAAGGUCCUGGGAUCCAAGAGCCUUCAAAGGGUCAAGGCCCCACAGUCCCAGAGCCUCUGAAGGAUCAAGCUCCUGUGGUCCCGGAGCCUCUGAAGGAUCUAGGUCCCAUACUCCCUGCAUCAAUUAAGGAUCAAGAUCAUACUGUCCCUGAGCCUUUAAAGAAAGAAGGUUCUGUGAUCCCAGCAUCAGUCAAGGACCAAGAUUCCCUGGCCCCCAUGCCUCUAAAGAAUCAAAGUCCUAUGGUUCCAGCAAGAAUUAAAGAUGAAGGUUCCAUGGUACCAGAGCUUCUGAAGGAUCAAGGCCCCACGGCCUCUGCACCUGUCAAGGACCAAGGUCCCAUGGUCCCAGCACCUGUCAAGGACCAAGGCCCCACGGUCCCUGAGCCUGUGGAUCAAGGCCCCAUGGUCCCAGCACCUGUCAAGGACCAAGGCCCCAUGGUCCCUGAGCCUGUGGAUCAAGGCCCCAUGGUCUCAGCACCUAUCAAGGACCAAGGCCCCACGGUCCCUGAGCCUGUGGAUCAAGGCCCCAUGGUCCCAGCACCUGUCAAGGACCAAGGCCCCACGGUCCCUGAGCCUGUGGAUCAAGGCCCCAUGGUCCCAGCACCUGUCAAGGACCAAGGCCCCACGGUCCCUGAGCCUGUGGAUCAAGGCCCCAUGGUCCCAGCGCCUGUCAAGGACCAAGGCCCCACGGUCCCUGAGCCUGUGGAUCAAGGCCCCAUGGUCCCAGCGCCUGUCAAGGACCAAGGCCCCACGGUCCCUGAGCCUGUGGAUCAAGGCCCCAUGGUCCCAGCACCUGUCAAGGACCAAGGCCCCACGGUCCCUGAGCCUGUGGAUCAAGGCCCCAUGGUCCCAGCGCCUGUCAAGGACCAAGGCCCCACGGUCCCUGAGCCUGUGGAUCAAGGCCCCAUGGUCCCAGCACCUGUCAAGGACCAAGGCCCCAUGGUCCCUGAGCCUGUAGAUCAAGGCCCCAUGGUCCCAGCACCUGUCAAGGACCAAGGCCCCAUGGUCCCUGAGCCUGUGGAUCAAGGCCCCAUGGUCCCAGCGCCUAUCAAGGACCAAGGCCCCACGGUCCCUGAGCCUGUGGAUCAAGGCCCCAUGGUCCCAGCACCUGUCAAAGACCAAGGCCCCAUGGUCCUAGCACCUGUCAAGGACAAAGGUCCUAUGGUCCCAGAGCAACUGAAGGAUCCAAAUGCCAUGGUCAUAGAACCUGUGAAGAAGGAAGGUUCUGUGCUCUCUGAGUCUGUAGAGAAACAAGGGUUAGUGGUCCCACAGCUGGUCAAAGAUCAAGGGAAAGGGGUCUCAGAACUUCUGAAGGAUCAUGAGUCUGUGAUUGCAGCGCCUGUCAAGGAUCAACGCCCCAUGGUCCUGGAGCCUGUCAAGAGUCAAGUUCCUAUAAUCCCGGUGCCUCUGAAAGAUCAAGAUCCUCAGGUGCCACCACCAGCAAAGGACCAAGAUCCUGUGGUUCCUAAGCCUCUGAAGACUCAAGGUCUCAGGAGCCCUCAGCUGCCCACGGUCCCACCACCACCUCCAGUCAUGAUCCCAACUGUUCCCCAUGCAGAAUAUGUCGAUGGUUCCCCUUGACACUCACCCCUUGACAUACCAAAGAAGGAGCUGGAGGUGAAAGUGCUCCCUCUCAGGGGCAGCGAAGACACUUAUUUAAUCUGCAUGAAACACGUAUUGUAUAGUCUUGCUGGAAUCUAAUAAAACUGGUCCCUCUGGCUCA